UCCCAAGCAUUCCCCGUCUCGCUCUCGCCCUUUCCUCUCACCCCGCCAAGCCAACCAGUGCACACCGCUGGUCGCUGGAGUCGCCUCGCUGAUGGCCACCGAGACCAUCCAGGCUCCGGCUCCGGCCAUGCCCGCCGUGCCGGGGCGCGCCGCCGUAGGGGGUGCCGGCGGGAACGGCAGGGCGGGCCUGCCACCGCCGCGGAGGGGCCAGAUCAAGGAGCGGAUCCUCAAGGACGUCAUCGCCGCGGUCACCGCCAUGGCCGCGGGCCUCGUCAAGAACACCCGCGGCGCCGGCGCCGGAGGCCUCCCCGCCUCCGACGACGCCGACGAGAAGUGAAACACCCGCCGCCUCCGCUUGUGUGUUCCCUCUUCCGUCGUUCCCCCUCUGCGCCGCUCGCUCCUCUGCUGCUAUAAUGCGCAGGUUUUUAGUGCGCGCAGCAGAGGACCCCGGCCGGGGGGCAAAAUUACUACGAAGCUCUCGUGAUUUCUCGUUUCUGCACUUGUUCCUGUCGAUCACGGAUGGACCGGUUGCCGUAUUAGAGCUCGCGCUGAUCCGUCCGUGGUCUGGUUUCGCUGGUCUGUGGUUCUUGUCCUGCCCAUGGUUUUUGGUUUGGGUUUCAGUGGCUGCUUUCAGGAGGUUACUGAGGUUUUUAAGAAAGAACCUCCUGUUGCUGCUGCUGCUGCUGCUUGGUCACUGCUCUUAACUGUUAAGCAAGUUCGUGGUGUUUGCCGGUGUUUGAUUGUACUGUAUAAGGUGUAGGAGGGAUCAGCGAGUAUUAGGUCUGGUCCUUCCUUUUGUGUGUUACCAUUACCAACCCCUGCGUGAUGUAACUUUGCUUUACUAUCUUGUCCAAUAAAUCGAGCUUCUUGUGUGAAAUA